UCAAGGAGUUAACUUUAUUUGCUCGAGUCAAACAAAGUGAGAUGUUCCAAGUCAUCUAAAAACCAAGUGCUUUCAGUCUAAAGUUAUAGUGAAACUUCUGAAAGGUGGUCCUUUCCAAAACCAAUCAGGUAGAUUCUCGUUAUCUCUUAUUUUUAUUAACCAAUUGUUGAUUUUCUGCCACCAAUAUAUCCCAGGCAACAAGGUGCGUAUCUAUUCAUGGUAGGCUGGGUAUUACCUCAUUUUUUAAAUAUAUUUUUAUAUAUCCUCGCCCACCACAAUUAUGUCAUGGUCAUCAUGACCUGUUUCCCCUUCUUCACCUCCUUCUCUUGUCUUUAUCUGUGGCAAAACUGUGGCCUUGCUCAAUGUAGAUUGUAGUCAUAGUAACGGGGUGGAACAUGUCCAGAUUUGGUCAUAGUGUAGGGUUGGGGCCGGAAAAAGUCCCCAGAUUUCAUAAACACUGCCAGACAUCAAAAACACAGCUGUGCAGGGUGCUUUUCAGAAUCUCAUACAAAUGUGUUUAAAACGAAGAGCAAUACAUAGUGAAUAAUGAUCAAAAACAUAAAGACAGAUCAAAAACAUAAAGACAUAUCAUGAAAUUCCUCCAUAACUUACACUUCAUUAGCCUGAUAUUCUGAAUAUGGCCUUUCAACGUUUAAUAGGUCCAUUUAAGCAAUACUUGAUUUUUAAUUAUGUUUUAAUCAUUCUAUAUAGUUGACCUCUUAUGCCCUCAAAAUACAUUGUUCACAAUAUAUUUUAGAUCAAAUGUUGUAAUUUACAAGCCUAUAGUCUCUUGCUUUAUUUUGUUUAAGCAAUAACGCCACGCCAGUAGGUGGUGGUAAAGCUACGUGGUCCAAUGUGCAUGCACAAAACCACGUGUGUAAUUUACGUGUUAACACGUCGUUUUAAACUACGCGUUAACACGUUAGUUUCACACGUUUUGGCCCUUCUGGCCUUCCAUAAUUUGUAGACUGUACGACUCGUUCAUUUUUUUAACAUUUGCAUUCAAAUUAUAAGUGGUUUAAAACUGACUGAAUUGAAAUGCCAUUCAAGUAUUUCAGUUAUUUUUGAGGAAAAUUAUGAAAACUUAAUUAUGAAAUUAUGAAAAAAUGAAAACUUAGUCAAAGAGUACUACUACACGCCCCUCAGAUAUCAGAAUAUCUGGCAACGCAACAUUGUAUAAAAACAGCUGUUUUUUAUAAUUCGUAAUGUAUGUCUGUAUAGUGUUUUGUGUUAAACAUCUAGAACAGUCACUUUACAAAGCAUUUCAUUUUGAAUAUACAUACAAUGCAUGUAUGCGAUUACAAAAACAAAGUCGUCUUUAUUCGGCCAUAUGUAGGCAACUACGAAAUGUAACUAGUGUCGCGUCGCUUGCACUGUAGAUGUAAAAUAUUUCAAAUAAGUCGACUCCUCACUUGAUGCUGUUUGGUUUAAAAGGGUGGGGUUGCUGAAAAUGUCGCGAUUGCGCCUGCUCGGUGUGAAGUCUGGGGGAGUGUACUGCCUAUAGGCGCAGACCGAUGGUUUAAAUCCUACACAUGCGUAUUGGAUUUCGGGGUUCAAGGGAAUACGCCAUAUUGGAAACACUGUAUAGUUUAGCUAACAGUUUAUAGCUAGCGGGGUAAAAGGGCCACUAAUUGAUUCCCGUUGGUUGUGGCGUUUGGCAUUUCUUUAUUUUCCAUACAGUUUCGCGCAACCCAGUUUACAGGCAGAUUGUGUCGGUCCGGAAUCGCACUCGUCCGCUUGAACGGGGGCAGAAGGCGUUCAUUUGCUUGACAGGGCUGUUAGAAAGAGAAGUUGAAUGGAUCCGAGGGUCGCUUGGAUUCAGCCGGAACAGAAAGGUCCUGCGAACGCUUUAUGGAUGCGUGUGUGGGAAACGUCUCAGGUAAACCGGAUCAACACAGGUCAGCACCAUAACCACCAUCACCACCACAACAUCUGUGUCAAUUCUCCGGCGUUUGACGUUUUUAAGAAUGUAGCGUCCGCCGUUUGCAAUAGCGGCGGUAUCCCUUCCUCCGCUCCAUCCAGCAGCCAUCAUCAGAGCAAUGCGAAUAACAGCACGAACAUUAAAAACGGCACCGUAAACCCGGGCUUUGCAACGUUACCGAACAGCGGCAGCCAUCAGGGCUCUGCGUCUCAUGCGCUAAAUGGAAACGCCGGGAAGGUUGGUACGGGAGACGGUGAAAUGCCCCAAAAGACUGGCUCGGUUUCGUCGUCAGCGGAUUCAAACUGCUCUAAAAUAAGGACUACGAGCUCUAAUACGAUCGUUGGGAUUAUGAACAAGGGUGGCACUCAUCUGCCUUUUAGUUGCAGCGAAAGCUUGCUGAAUAACGUCAACCACCACCAUCACCACCCUCCGCAUCCUCAUUUACGGCAUUUUCACCAAGAGCAGCAGCAAUGUUUCCAGCAGAACUGCGUGAAGCGACACCCGUCCCAUCCGCCAGUGAGCCAUCACCAUCAUCACCCGGGCCGAAGGAAAAGCGAUAAUAAGGCCAGCACCUACGGGAUAAACUACUUGCUCUCCAACUGUACUAAUGGCAAUUAUGUCAGCUCCGGCACGCCGUGGAAGACGAGGAAAUAUAACCCCGGAGUUGACGGGCUGCAUGAGGAGAUCAUGGACUUCUACAAUUUCAUGUCUCCUCGUCCUGAAGAGGCCACCAUGAGGCAGGAGGUUGUGGACAGAAUUGAGUCGAUCAUCAAAGAGUUGUGGCCAUCUGCUGAUGUCCAAAUUUUUGGCAGCUUUAGCACUGGACUCUAUCUCCCAACCAGUGACAUUGACCUGGUGGUGUUUGGGAAAUGGGAGAAACCUCCCCUGCAGCAACUGGAGCAGGCCCUCAGAAAACACAGUGUGGCAGAGCCCUACUCCAUCAAAGUUCUCGACAAAGCCACCGUACCGAUCAUCAAACUGACCGAUCAGGAGACAGAAGUGAAGGUGGACAUCAGUUUCAAUGUGGAGACAGGCAUCAAAGCUGCUAGCUUCAUCAAAGAAUAUGUGAAGAAGUAUACCGUGCUGCCUUAUUUAAUCUUCGUGCUGAAACAGUUCCUCCUACAGCGAGACCUCAAUGAAGUCUUCACAGGAGGGAUCAGCUCCUACAGUCUCAUCCUGAUGGUCAUCAGCUUCUUGCAGUUACACCCACGAAUUGAUGCUAGGAAUCCCAACAUAAACCUUGGGACUCUGCUCAUUGAGUUCUUCGAGCUGUAUGGAAGACACUUCAACUACUUGAAGACGGGUAUCAGGAUAAAGAACGGUGGAGCUUACAUGGCUAAAGAAGACAUUAUGAAGGCUAUGAGCAAUGGCUACAGGCCCUCUAUGCUUUGUAUCGAGGACCCGCUCCUGCCAGGUAAUGAUGUGGGCAGGAGCUCCUACGGGGCCAUGCAGGUGAAAGAGGCAUUUGACUAUGCUUAUAUAAUACUGGGUCACGCCGUCUCACCUCUUGCACGCUCCUACCCCAACAAAGACAGUGACAGCACUUUGGGACGCAUAAUCAAAGUCACACAGGAAGUGAUCGACUACAGGGAGUGGAUUAUAAAGAAGUGGGGUGGCAGACACAACUCCCGCAUGGAGAGGAAUUCAGGUCCACCCCAUAAGGACUCAAUGGAGCAGGUGGGGUCUGGCACACUGCUGGGUGUCGGUGUGGAAGAUCAGCAGCGGAGGGACUCGGUGUCCCCUCAUAGCGCAGACUCACCCAUGUCCCUCUCCAGCCCUCAGCAGCACUCCUCAGCCUCCUCCGCAUCUUCACUUUCAGGCAGUGACAUUGACUCUGACUCGACACCAUAUGUUGCUCCACCUGUAGCCCCCUUCCCUCUCCAGAUUCUGGCUCCGGGCCCCCUGCCGCCAGCUCUUCAGAUGGGACCUGGCAAAGUCAGCAUCACGGCAGCGCUCGCCAUGCCUCCAGCCACCCAGGCGAGAGUGUCCAUACCAGGCAAUCUUUCAAUCCACGCUUUACCUGGCAGACAAGUGUGUAUGGCAGAUGGACCACCCCCAUACAACAUGACCCCUCCUGCAGUUCCCCAAGCUCCCCCCAGCCCUCUACCUAGUCCCCACCACCACCCAAAGACAGGUCCCAAGUACCCUCUGAAGGGCUACCCCGCUGUAGUGCACAGUCCCGUCCUGUCCAACAGAGGCCACUUUCAGUACAACCGCAACACCUGGCGUCGCAGAAAGAGGGACAGUCUGCCGGCCAGCGUCAGCAGAUAAGGACCCCCCGCACCCCUCUGGACCCUUUAUCUUCCACUCGCAUCCUUUUCCACGCCUCUGGUCCAGUCUUUAAAUGAUGAGAACUCAAUCGAGUGCUCCUGCAGAUGGUGUGAGCACAGAGAGACCAGCGUUUGAAACCCAGCUCCUUGUUUGGUAGUUGUGGUGAUGGUGGUGCUAAGUAUUUCAGUCUGCCGCUGAAUUUGUGCAUGUGUAUGUUGAACUGUUUUUGACCCGUGCAAUCUUCCCGAGGAAGCUUCGAGGAAACUUUUCCGGUCGUGCGCUCCACGGCGAAAAGCUGGUGUUUUGUGUGUCAUGCGACUUGUUUUCCGUGUCUUCACGUGUUAUAUUGGGGACACCCUCCACGUGUGGGAAGAUGUCGAUUGAGUAGAAUGUAUGUGUUAUUCGUUGUUUGGGGCUAUGGAUAUGUGUUUCUAAGGUGAACGCCACUUUUGAUUGUGUAUGUGUAUUGCCGGCUUCACAUCCUGCACUGUAGAUGCUUCCAGAGUCUCCACCAUAUCGACCAUCACGCCACCUUUACGUUUUUGUGCAAUAACUUGUUUAUUUGUGUUUUCGUUCACUCUAGAAACAUGGGGUUCUGUGUCUAGCAGUUUUGUCUUGUUUGUUUUUGUACAGAAACGUUUUUAUUUUUGUACCGUUUUUAAUUUUGGUUAUGGUUUACAGAUCCUGUCAGACAGGCUCCUUAAGGGAAGAGUCUGUUUUAAACGUGAAACUGUUUUUGAGUGAAGAGAAUUUAUAUUCCCUCUUCCCCUUUUUCUUCGCAUGGGUUGCAUCUGGAUUAGACGGAGUUGAAGUGGCAGAUCUUGCAAAAUGACUUUCCGCUCGUUGCCUCUAGGUGACGCCAUUUCACACGUUGUGUCUGUCUUUAUGAUGGUUACUGUAUGUGGCAUUGAGGCUCUCACAGUAGCGUAGAUUCAGAACCAGAUCCAGACCUGAAAAUUGUUGGCGUUGGAGAGAAAUGAGCCAGUUGGAAAUUUGCCUUGAAUGUGCUUUGAUUUAUGUGUAUAUAUGUGCGUGUGUGUCCGUCCUUUUAAAAUUGCUAUAGGUGAGAGAAAGGUAAGAGAAAGAUGAGACGUUUUUAAGGAAGCUCUGAAGAACGUGCGAGCAGACUCCAGAUCAGUGCAGCUUUAUGCAAGGUGCCCUAAUCGGACCUUUUCGACUUCUGCACGGGCACCCAAACCGGACUAGUGGAGAAAGGGAAUUUAUUUUGAUUCCUUUCUGGGAUCUUUGUGCAUUUAUUGACAGGUACUUCCUGCUAACAUAUGCCUUUUUGGUAAUGACCUAUUCCUGUACUGUAUCGUAUUGUAUUUUUUCUGUUUGUAUAUGGCACACUACAACUGUAUCGCUGUUGCUCGGAACGUCACAGGCAUACAGGUUAGUUUUACUAUGCAAGUGGAGUUUAGAAAAUUUCUUCCCGUCUCCCUCACGACAGCCAUCGCUUUGAAAUCUUUUCGAGAGACUCAACCGGAGCAAUGGACCCAGGUCUGGGGGAGCCAAACUGCCUCAUUAGGGUACAUGAGAACAUCUCCUGUAUGCAAGUUCAGUCUGUUUUAAGGGGAAAGAAAAACACCCAGACGUCUUGUUUGGAAUAUCCAGACUGAAAUUCCUCUGCAGCCCAACUAUUUCCUUUCAGCCGGAUCACGGAUAAAUCGGACUGCCGCUGUUACAAUGCUACAACCAUGUUAAUGGCAACUGUCAAAAACAGACUUUGAAUGCCUCCUGCACUCUGUAUGGAAUGACUUUGAUUAGUCACAAACGUACGUAUUUUAAGUCAUAUCUGAUACGGCGACUCUUAAGAACUGAAAUGAGCUACAGGAUUGUCCUUGUAACUCUCGCCUGCCUAUCAAUGCAAUAGGGCAAAUGUGAUUCUAAUAGCAGUUUCUGCUUUUAGAUAGAACCAGCAUCUUUUGCAGCGUGGGUCAGACAUUGAGGCAACUCCUUCCAUGCCCUUUUUAAGGACUCUGUGUGUAGUUAUUGAUGGUUUGCCCAAAUGAAUGCCCCCCCACCUCUCUUUUCCCGUGUGAAUCUGUGGAGAUUGGAAGUGUAUCACUGUAAUGGUUAAACCUUUUUGGUGAUGUACUGCUAGAUACGGUGUGACGCUCCUCGUUGAAUAUCAAUGACUGAUUUUUAAAUGUAACCCCUUUUUUGCUGACGUCUGUUGUGUCGCAGUGGCCAAAAGCACUCCUUAACUCUUCAAUACUUAAACAGAAAGCCCUCAAUGUGGCCGCCCAGCAUCCAAGAGGUUAGAAGGAGAAUUUUUUUUUGUUUUCCUUCAAUAUUUUUACGUAAUUUUUUUCUAUUUUAUUUUUUAAAUAAACAUCUUAAAAACGA